CACCGUCGAGCAAGCGAAGAAUAAAUCUCGCCGUCGAAGCUCUGAGCGCGAUCGUACGAUUUCUCUAUCCAGGAAGCCAUGGAAAAGGAAAUCAAUUCUACGGAUCCACUGGACCAUAUGCCCGAGGAGGUCUGGAGAGCCCUGGCCCCUCUCGUUGCAGGUGUCAACGCUAGUGAAGUAGAUCUGUGCAAACCGCGUUUGAAGGAAGUUUUUUUUAAUUACUACGGCUUAGUGUACUUUUUUUACGGUAUUUUGGUUUGUUACGGCUUUCUUUGUAAUUCGUUUAUUUUUUAUAUUAUAAUAAAGAAGAAACUUUACAACGACCCUUUAUAUAGUUUUCUAUUAAAUAAUGCAAUAAGCGAUAUUGUAAAGUGUUGUGUGGUCGUGCCGUUAUCCUUGUACGUGCUAAUGAUUAGGAAUUGGGUCCUCGGCGAGCUAUUGUGUACUUUCUUGCCGAUGAUUCAAGAUAUACCGCAGCACGUGUCAACAUUGACGUUCGUGAUAAUGGCCUGGGAUAGAUUCCGUUUUAUAAAGAAGCCCUAUCGACAACGACUUCCUGCAUUCGUUUGCAACUUCGCCCUUUGGCUCACAUCGAUGUGUCUUGUAUUACCAUAUUCCAAAUACAUCAUGUACAUCGAUUUAGGGCAAGUUUAUCAAAAGCUUCCAGCUGUUCAAUGCGUAGGAUUUUGCACUGUCAAUUUACUCUACGACAUCAGCGAAUACGUACGAGGCAUUUUUGUGACUAUGUUCAUUGCUCCGUUCACUAUCAUAUUUUGCUUUUACUACCGCAUAUCGACAGAACUGGCCAAGCAAAAUCCAGUUCCUGCCAUUAAAUACGAAGCAAGUACGAGAAGCACCAAGGCAAAAGCAGAUACACUAACGGCAGGUCUAAGCGAGAGUAGCAGGUCAGAUCACGAUAGAUCGAGCCAAUAUAGCCACAGGAGCCUGCAGGGCAGCGACAGGGGCAGGACAUAUUACGAAUUCCGUGAGCCACGUUUAAACGUCAUUAAAGAGCGACGAACGCAGAAAUUCCUCACUGCGAUAGUAGUGAUUUAUGGUAUUUGCCUUACCCCUUUGAUGGUAAUGAAGGUAGUAAGGAUAUCAAUAACGGAGACAAAGGAAAAUCUUAGAUAUUUGGAUGUCCUUUACAUACUUUUAGUGUGGUUUGCUUUUCUGCCGACCUGCGUGACACCUGCCUUGCUAUUAGUUUGGCGAUUGGGCAGAAAGCCAUUGGAACGAGAAAGAUUUAUCCCUCUAAACGAGAGAAAUACUCGCCUUUCCGGUGAUACAGUGACAACUUUAACAGGAACUCCGGCGUCCAAUCGCUUUACCAGAAGUCGCUAUUCCGAAGAAACAUUCAUCGACACUAACGGUUCCCAACAAGAUUUGCCGUCUACUUGAUGAUUUGAGGAUUCUUUGUUGGGUCUCAAUAGGCUCACUGUGGAAAUUCCGGAAGACGGAAAUUUACAAUCUCAAGAUUGUAGGCAACCACUUCUGGUGAACGUAACACAUGAUGAGAUAACUAUAAGUGAACUGUAAAUGUUUAACAUUUAUGAUGAUUAACAUUUGGUGGAGUCAAUGAGGAAAAAAUUACGAAGUUAUAUGUAAAUAUUUUUUUAGAUUUUAAACUGAAGGAAACACCUAACACCUACUAAGGCUAAUUUAAAAUAAGAAAUCAAAUUGGAUAAGGGCAAAUGAUCGACAAUUACAUGCACAUGUAUUUGGAUACGAUUCUUGAUCAGGUUUUGCUCUUUCUGCGCGUGUACAAACCGUGAUUUCAAAACAUUUGUUAAUUGUAAUUUUGUAUUAAUUAUUAUUAACCUCUCUACAUUUCGCGCUAUCGAUUUGUGAGAUAGAAUAGAACUGAAACCAUUGAUACUUGUAAUAUUUCUGGUCGAAACCGAAUAAUGUUUAGCUUUUAAUCAUCGUGAUUUAAAUAUGUAUCUAGUAUUUCAGGUAAUUAAUAUUGAUGUGACUUACAGUAGUAAAUACAAAAUAAUAUCCAAAACUCAUGAACUCAUGUUUUUAGAAGGUAUCCCGUAAUUACGUAAUAAAUGCACUUUAUAGUGUACAAAUAUCACAGUUUAUGAGAAUUUUGAAUGAAUUUACCAAAAUAUCAUACAUUUUGAACCUAAUUUUAUGGUCUCACAUUAAGUCUACUUGAGUAAACGUUUGAGCUGUUAAAAUUAUUGUGGAAAAUUGCGCCACAAAUUUCAUUAACUGUUGCAGAUUCUGUACAGAUUUUGAAGCGAUGUUACGCUUUAUAUUCCUCUUUGAAGGCCGAUUCGAACUCAUCAGCAUCCGUUGAAAACUGUUGGGCGCCUGACAGAAAUAAAUACCGUCGCUUAAUUUUAACGAAGGAUUUUUUUUUAAGCUGGAUAGUUCGAUUUAACUACACAACUGUGACAUGAUGGAACGGCUGUGUUCGAAUCAACCUUUAAAUAAUGAAUAAAUUUCAAUUUAAAUUGUGAGCGGAUAAUAAAAAGACCAGAUAUUUUUUUCUUAAUCGAAAUAUGUAGAGUUU